AUGAGUGGAAAUGAUACCGGAGGAAGAAGACGCUUUGAAGACACAGAGCACACACUACACAUCUACCCUGGGAGCAUUGCCGAAGGGACCAUUUACUGUCCGGUUAUUGCACGGAAAACAUCUACCGCUGCCGAGGUGAUAGACUCUCUGAUUAACAAACUGCAGCUGGACAAAACAAAAUGCUACGUCUUGGCCGAAGUGAAGGAAUUUGGUGGGGAGGAAUGGAUCCUCAACCCCACCGACAGCCCUGUCCAGCGCAUGAUGCUCUGGCCACGGAUGGCCCUAGAGAACCGCUUGAGCGGAGAGGACUACCGGUUUCUUCUAAGAGAAAAGAACCUAGACGGGUCGAUCCAUUACGCCAGUCUCCAGUCCUGGUUGCGGGUCACGGAGGAACGGCGCAGGAUGAUGGAACGUGGCUUCCUUCCCCAGCCGCAGUACAAGGAUUAUGACGACUUGUGCGCACUGCCAGACCUGAACGAGAGGACACUCUUGGAAAACCUUAGAAAUCGCUUCAAGCAAGAGAAAAUCUACACCUACGUGGGAAGCAUCUUAAUCGUCAUUAACCCCUUCAAAUUCCUUCCCAUUUAUAACCCUAAAUAUGUCAAGAUGUACGAUAAUCAUCAUCUGGGUAAGCUGGAGCCCCACAUCUACGCCGUGGCUGAUGUCGCGUAUCACGCCAUGCUACUGCGGCGGAAGAACCAGUGUAUAGUCAUUUCUGGAGAAAGCGGGUCUGGCAAAACCCAGAGCACAAAUUUCUUGAUCCAUCACCUCACCGCUCUCAGCCAAAAGGGAUUCGCUAGUGGAGUAGAACAAAUCAUUCUUGGAGCUGGACCAGUGCUGGAGGCUUUUGGGAAUGCCAAGACAGCACACAACAACAAUUCAAGUCGCUUUGGCAAAUUUAUUCAAGUAAAUUAUCAGGAGACUGGCACUGUGCGUGGAGCUUACGUUGAAAAGUAUCUACUAGAAAAGUCCAGACUAGUCUAUCAGGAACAUAAUGAAAGGAACUACCAUGUAUUUUAUUACCUGCUGGCGGGAGCAAGCGAAGAAGAAAAAUCUGCUUUUCACCUUAAACAGCCUGAUGAAUAUCACUACCUUAAUCAGAUGACAAAGAGAUCCCCUAAACAGAGCUGGGAUGACUAUUACUAUGACUCUGAGCCGGAUUGCUUCUCUGUUGAAGGUGAAGACUUGAAGCAUGAUUUUGAACGCUUGCAGCUGGCUAUGGAGAUGGUGGGGUUUCUCCCCAAAACCCGCAGGCAGAUAUUUUCCCUUCUGUCAGCAAUACUACACUUGGGUAACAUCCGUUACAAGAAAAAAACCUACCGAGAUGAUUCCAUAGAUAUCUGUAAUCCAGAAGUCUUGCCUAUUGUCUCAGAGUUACUUGAGGUGAAAGAAGAAAUGUUGCUUGAAGCACUGAUUACAAGAAAAACAGUGACUGUAGGAGAAAAGCUUGUAUUGCCAUACAAACUGGCAGAGGCUGUAACAGUACGGAAUUCCAUGGCCAAAUCAUUGUACAGCGCCCUGUUUGAUUGGAUCGUGUUUCGAAUUAACCAUGCACUUUUGAAUACCAAGGACUUGGAAGAAAGCACCAAGACUUUGUCCAUUGGAGUACUUGAUAUUUUUGGUUUUGAAGAUUAUGAAAGUAAUAGUUUUGAACAAUUUUGCAUUAAUUUUGCAAAUGAACGUUUACAGCACUAUUUUAACCAGCAUAUCUUUAAACUGGAGCAAGAGGAAUACAGACUGGAAGGCAUCAGCUGGCACAACAUAGACUAUAUCGACAACUCUGGCUGUAUAAACCUCAUCAGUAAAAAGCCCACAGGGUUGCUCCAUCUACUGGAUGAAGAAAGCAAUUUCCCACAAGCAACCAAUCAGACGUUACUAGACAAGUUUAAGCGUCAGCAUGAAGGGAAUCUCUACAUAGAAUUUCCUGCUGUAAUGGAACCUGCCUUUAUCAUAAAACACUAUGCUGGGAAAGUUAAAUAUGGCGUGAAGGACUUCCGGGAGAAAAACACAGAUCAUAUGCGACCUGACAUUGUUGCUCUCCUAAAGAGCAGCAAGAGUGCCUUUAUCUGUGGAAUGAUAGGGAUCGAUCCGGUUUCUGUGUUUCGCUGGGCUGUCCUCAGAGCGUUCUUCAGAGCUGUGGUUGCCUUUAGAGCUGCUGGUCAGAAGUACAUUGAGAAAAAAACGGGGCAUGAUGAUGCGGUUUUGAAAAAUGUGGAUAGUUUUAGCUUUCUCCAUCACCCAGUUCAUCAGAGGAGCUUAGAGAUUCUACAGAGAUGCAAGGAGGAGAAGUACAGUAUUGCUCGGAAACGGCCGAGAACCCCCCUCUCUGACCUGCAAGGAGUUAACACUAUUAACGAGAAAAGUCAGCGCGAUGCCUACGGAGUGUGGAAUACCAGGAUGGGCCUCAGACCGAACCGACUCUCCAACUUCCUUGACAAAGAUGGGAUAUUUGUGAAUUCGACGAACAGCAAGCUUCUGGAGCGUGCCCACGGCAUUCUCAUGCGAAACAAGAACGUUAAAGUCAAGCCCAACCUACCAAAGCACUUGCUGGAGGUGAAAUCCCUGAAGCAUCUGACAAGCCUGACUCUCCAUGAUCGUAUCACAAAGUCUCUUCUCCAUCUUCACAAGAAGAAGAAACCACCAAGCAUCAGUGCCCAGUUCCAGGCUUCACUUACCAAAUUGAUGGAGACUCUGGGGCAGGCAGAGCCCUAUUUUGUCAAAUGCAUUCGCUCCAACGCUGAGAAGCUGCCCUUGAGGUUCAAUGAUAACUUGGUGCUUAGACAGCUGCGUUACACAGGAAUGCUUGAGACAGUGCGCAUCCGACAAUCAGGAUAUAGCUGUAAAUAUUCUUUCCAGGAUUUUGUAGACCACUUCCACGUACUUCUCCCACGAGGCACUGCCCCGUCUAAGCAGAAUAUUGAAGGCUUCUUCAAAAAGACAGACAACAACUCAGAUAGUUACCAAGUUGGGCGAACUAUGGUGUUCAUGAAGGAACAGGGACGACAGCUUUUACAAGGACUGUUACACGAGGAAGUUUUGCAAAGGAUUAUCUUAUUGCAGAGCUGGUUCCGGACGAUGCUGUACAGAAGGCAGUUCCUGAGCAUGAGGCAGGCUGCCGUGAUCAUACAGCAUUGUUGGCGUCGUUAUCAGAAAAGAAAGCUAGCUGAAACAGAGGAAGAAUCCCUGAACAAUUCAGCCUUUUUAGAGCAAGCUGCUGUGGUCCUUCAGGCAUACUGGCGAGGUUACAUGGCACGGCGAAGAUUCCAGCAGAUGCGGAUUGCAGGCUUCAUUAUCCAGAGCUCUUGGAGGGACUGCUUAAGACGUCGGCACGCUGCAGCAACAUCUAUCCAGGCGCACUGGCGGAGCUACCGCACGAGGGCUCUCUUCAGAGCCAAAAGAAACAAAAUCAUUUUGUUGCAAGCAGCCUAUAGAGGCUACAAAGCACGGCAGAGGUUUACCACAUUAAAAGAGCAGCGACUGAGUGAAGCCUCACUAAAGAAUAGACUAACAAGUAAAGAUAAUAAAUUAAUACUAGGGUACAGCUCGGAUAUUAAGGACUCAGAGUCUUCUGAAUGGGAAGAGAAUUCAUUUGAAAAUAGAGUGAAAGCCGUCAAAGACCAUAAAUCGGUUAUGGACAAUAGAGUGGAUCCGUCAAAUUCUUUACACAAGCAUCACGAGAGGGCCAACAGCCAGAGCGGAAUGAGCAUGGAAGAGGAAGUUCUUGUCAGAGAAAGACCAAAGUCCCUGGAAGAUCUCAACCCAAAAAAAGGAGUCCGUGCAAAGCGAGAGAGCCGGCGCAUGCGCGAACUGGAGCAAGCCAUUUUUAGUUUGGAGUUGCUGAAGGUUCGAUCCACUAGUGAGACGUCUCCCUCGGAGGAGCAUCGGUUGUCCCCUGAUCUUGUUUCUGAAGGGAUGCCCUCUCCUCGAAGACCUCCGAGGAGUAAAAGCUCUCAGGGAAGUCUAGAGAAGCUAAGCCGGGACCCCCUCUCAUCUCAGGAUCACAGUGUAAAUCUCAGAGAAUCACUACAUGAUAGCCCAACAUUUGAUGAUGAUGAUGAUGAUGAUGAAGAUGACAAAGACAUCUCCAAAUUUGCUGCUGCUGCUGCUACUAUCAAUAAAAAUGUGUCGGAGAGAAAGAGGUCAAUCUCAAGUUCUGAAUUGCCUGACUGCCUGGCUGCUAAAGAGCGGUCAAUUUGUGACCCUCAUGACAUUGUCUCCAACAUGCAUACAAGAGCACCAUUGAUUUCUAGUAGUUUGCCUACAUUUUAUCUUCCACCACAGGACAAGUUGAAAGUUGGCCGUUCAGUGAGGGACAAUAACCUAAGAAACAAACAGAUGGAAAUGGGGAGCCAUUUUUUUUUCCCAGGCACCAAAAAACAUCCUCCACUGCAAAGGGCCACACAGAGUCCAGCCUUACAUGACGAUGGCCAAAUGUCCGGCAGUGGAGAAUUCCCAGCUGUUACAGCUACAGGAGUGCAUCUCUCGGAUAGGGUUAUCGAGAAGCUGGAGAAGUUAAAUGUUGAGAAAGAAGAACGCCAGAAACGAAAACAGAUGCAGAACGAAAGAGAGAUGAUGGAGCAGAUACGACGGCAGACAGAAAUUUUGGGGAAGCAGCAUAAAGUUUUUGAAGAGCUUCAGAGACAAGAGCAUGAACAGAAUAGGAUUCGGGACUCCUGCCAUGGAACCCCUCUCACCUCGCCUAAGAAAAUGGACAGAGGUCCACCUCUCCUCAUCGCCCAUCCUCAAGGCAAGGGAGAACUAAGACUUGCAACAAAUGCAGAAACCGCCUCAUCGGUGAACCUUAAAUCUCCUUCUGGCCCCAAAAAAGGAAGUCCCCCUAUUUGCCAGACGGCCCUGAAGGAAAAGACCGUCCCCAUGACCCCAGACAAAAAGGAAGGUCAGACGCCAGUCACCCUGGAAUCUGUUGGAACCGAUUGGUUGAAUUUGCAAACGGGUGUCGAGUCUCAGGAAAGUGUCAGCAAUCUACCUGCGAGGGAAAAACGGUUCAGAUUGCCUCGAAUUCCUAGCCAGGGCAAGGAAAGCUCUUCCAAGGAAACCAGAGUUGGUUCCAUUUUCUUUACACCAAAGGAUACUCAUUUGGGCAAUACUUUUAAUAAAGGAUCUUCAGCACCUCUGCUUCUUCCAAAAGAAGAACAGAAAAAGCCACUGAAACUUUCCAGAACAGACAGAGGAGAGCAGGUUGCCCGACCAGUCCAUAAAAAGAAAGCCCGCAUGGCACGGACACGCUCGAAUUUCUUGACUAGAGGUGCUUUUGCUGAUUGGGAGGGGGAUACAGAGGAAGAGGAUUGUGAUGACAAUCUUGAAUUCCUUCUCUCCUUUGAGCAUCCACCACACCUUGAGCCUGGUUGUGCAGUCAGGCUCAAGCAGCCCUGCCAUAGUGACUCUGAAAUGAUGUCACAACGUUCUGCAUCCAACGAAGGCCAAACAAAGCUUCACAAAACAAUGUCUCAAGGAGAGAUUGGAAAACUGCCAGUUGCCCAGAAGGUCAUAGCCGUGGACAGAAGACCUCAAAGAGCCAAGAUGAGAUUUUGGGGAAAAGGAAGGCAGGGAGAGAAGAAAAUAAGCAGGGAGAAACUUGCUACCCAAUCAGAACUGCUGGAACUGUAUCCCGACCAUGAUGCACCAGGAAGAGACAGGAUUCCAGGUCUACAGCUUGAAGAAGAGCUGAGUCCUCCAAGGAGUCCUGAACUGUCCGGCAUUUAUCGAAGGGAAUGUAAAGAAAACAAAGAGCCAUCCCCAAAGGUCAAGCGAAAACGCAGCCUGAAAAUUAGCAACGUAACUAUGGAACCUGCACAGUGGCAGAACGACGCUCUUCAGAUCAUAACAAGCGCCAGUGAUUUGAAAAGCAUGGACGAGUUCCUCUUGAAAAAGAUGAAUGAUUUGGAUAGCGAAGACUGUAAGAAGGACACUCUUGUGGAUGUGGUAUUUAAAAAAGCUUUGAAAGAAUUCCGGCAAAAUAUCUUCAGUUUCUACUCUUCCGCUUUGGCAAUGGGUGAUGGGAAGAGCAUCCGCUACAAAGAUCUCUAUGCAUUGUUUGAGCAGAUUCUAGAGAAAACCAUGAAAUUUGAACAGAGGAACUGGAGUGAAUCCCCCGUACGGGUCUGGGUCAAUACAUUUAAGGUGUUUCUGGAUGAAUACAUGACAGAAUACAUGCCUUUGGAUUAUUCUGCAGCAAAGGUGACAAAAACAGAAAGGAAGAAGAGACGAAAGAAGGAAACAGACAUAGUAGAAGAACAUAAUGGUCAUAUUUUUAAGGCUACUCAAUAUAGCAUUCCUACUUACUGUGAAUUCUGCUCCUCCUUGAUAUGGAUCAUGGACAGGGCCGCUGUUUGCAAAUUAUGCAAAUACGCCUGCCACCGAAAGUGCUGCCAGAGGACCACAACUAAAUGCUCCAAAAAGUAUGACCCAGAGCUUUCUUCACGGCAAUUUGGAGUCGAACUCUCUCGCCUGACCAGCGAAGAACGAAUUGUGCCGAUCGUGUUUGAGAAGCUCACCAGCUACAUAGAAAUGCAUGCUUUGUAUACAGAGGGCAUUUACCGGAAAUCUGGAUCAACAAAUAAGAUCAAAGAAUUACGGCAGGGCCUUGACACAGAUAUUGAAAGAGUGAACCUCGAUGACUACAACAUCCAUGUCAUUGCCAGUGUGUUCAAGCAAUGGCUGAGGGAUUUGCCUAAUCCUCUCAUGACAUUUGAACUCUAUGAAGAAUUCUUGCGAGCCAUGGGUCUGCAGGAGAGGAAAGAGGCGAUCCGCGGGGUCUACUCAGUCAUUGAUCAGCUUUCCCGAACCCAUCUUAAUACCUUGGAACGGCUGAUCUUUCACCUUGUCAGGAUAGCUCUACAAGAAGACACUAAUCGGAUGUCAGCUAAUGCUCUGGCCAUUGUGUUUGCUCCCUGUAUCCUCCGUUGUCCGGACACCACUGACCCUCUGCAGAGCGCUCAGGAUGUCAGUAAAACCAUCAGUUGCGUAGAGUUGGUUGUUAUAGAACAGAUGAACAAAUACCGGGCCCGUCUCAAGGAUAUCAGCAGCCUUGAGUUUGCAGAGAACAAAGCAAAGAGCCGGCUAUCCUUGAUCCGCAGGUCCAUGAAGCCUGUACUAAUUGCCGUUAGAUUUAUGAGCAUAACCCGCAGUUCGAUCCCGGGCAAAGGGCGUCUACGCCGAGGCAACUAUCCAAGCCCUACAUCACCAGCAGGAGUCCGGUUGCCCUCUAUGUCGGAUGCUCCCGAAGAGGCCCUGAGCAGCGAGGAGGCCAUGGAGAUAGAGGUCACCGAACAGCAGCAAGUAGCCAUGCAACAGGAAGAGAAGGUGCUGGCAGAGCAAAUAGAGAGCCUGCAGAAAGAGAAGGAAGAACUAACUUUUGAGAUGCUGGCACUGGAGCCUAGAGCCUCUGAUGACGAAACGUUAGAGUCUGAAGCUUCAAUCGGCACUGCCGACAGUUCUGAAAACCUGAAUUUUGAUUCCGAAGGAGCCAUUUCGGACAAGUCAGGCAGAAGUGUAACCUUCAACUCGGCAAGAUCCAUCAAGGCAGACCCGAGCGGCACCUCUAGGUCUCGAAGGCAACUGCGCAAGCAGCAGGAGUCUUUGGACUCCGUGGAUUCCUCGCUUCCUUCUCCGUCCCUGUCGCCUUCUCCCUCCUCCUCCUCCUCCUCCUGCCUGCCUCACGUGACGAGGAAACGAUUCCAAAUCUAUUCCAAAUCGCCUUUUUAUCGAGCAGCUCCCUCUGGGGAC